UCGGUUCUCCAGAAGGAUGCAGGGGUCAAUCCACAGUUACAUUUCAGGCAGACCCGAUAUCUCGCAGCCUCGCCAUCUUCUCUCUUAAAUCAUCACUUUAUCGCUCACUCAUUGCCAUACACAACCAGUACCACGGAAAUUUUAUGCGCAAUGUCAUCUAAUGCUGGGAUUCCUAUCUAUGGACAGCUAUCGGAUAAUCACACAUCGAGCUUGAAUGCCCAAUAUGCACCGAAUAACAUACCCACGCCAUGGCCUCUCCUCACAUUGAGUGUGAUCUUAUCUUUUCUGAUCGGUCUCCUUGCCAUUGUACCAGCCAUGAAAUCACUCGAUACUCAAAGUGCCCCCGCUCUAGCACCUAUUCCACUCCAACCUACAACCGCAGGAGCUUCAGGCUCCAAAACCAAGACCCAGCUACUGCACCUUCCGCGCCAUCUCCGCUCUGCUCGUAACCGUCAAAAGCUACCGAGAUAACACCACGCCCCUCCCCGCCCCAUCCAGCAUCCUCCUCGCCCAAAUCGCAACUCAAAUCGUGCACUGCAACGUCGGCCACCACCCCCUCACCCGCCUCAUCCUCUUACUCUCCAUCU